CGGGGCUGGGCGGAGCGCGCAGCCGCGCAGCUGUGGGAGGACUGCGGGGCUCUCGAGGCUAGCUGCAGAGCUUGUGGAGGCCAUGGGGCGCGCCGUCGCGGAGCUAGUCUCCUCGCUGCUGGGGCUGUGGCUGCUGCUGUGCAGCUGCGGAUGCCCCGAGGGCGCCGAGCUGCGUGCCCCGCCAGAUAAAAUCGCGAUUAUUGGAGCCGGAAUUGGUGGCACUUCAGCAGCCUAUUACCUGCGGCAGAAAUUUGGGAAAGAUGUGAAGAUAGACCUGUUUGAAAGAGAAGAGGUCGGGGGCCGUCUGGCUACCAUGAUGGUGCAGGGGCAAGAAUAUGAGGCAGGAGGUUCUGUCAUCCAUCCUUUAAAUCUGCACAUGAAGCGUUUUGUCAAAGACUUGGGUCUCUCUACUGUUCAGGCCUCUGGUGGCCUACUGGGGAUAUAUAAUGGAGAGGCUCUGGUAUUUGAGGAGAGCAACUGGUUCAUAAUUAACGUGAUUAAAUUAGUUUGGCGCUAUGGAUUUCAGUCCCUCCGUAUGCACAUGUGGGUAGAGGACGUGUUAGACAAGUUCAUGAGGAUCUACCGCUACCAAUCUCAUGACUAUGCCUUCAGUAGUGUUGAAAAAUUACUUCAUGCUCUAGGAGGAGAUGACUUCCUUGGAAUGCUUAAUCGAACACUUCUUGAAACCUUGCAAAAGGCCGGCUUCUCUGAGAAAUUCCUCAAUGAAAUGAUUGCUCCUGUUAUGAGGGUCAAUUAUGGCCAAAGCACGGACAUCAAUGCCUUUGUGGGGGCAGUGUCACUGUCCUGUUCUGAUUCUGGCCUUUGGGCAGUAGAAGGUGGCAAUAAACUUGUUUGCUCAGGGCUCCUGCAGGCGUCCAAAAGCAAUCUUAUAUCUGGCUCAGUAAUAUACAUAGAGGAGAAAACAAAGACCAAGCACACAGGAAAUCCAACAAAGAUGUAUGAAGUGGUCUACCAAAUUGGAACUGAGACUCAUUCAGACUUCUAUGACAUCGUCUUGGUGGCCACUCCAUUGAAUCGAAAAAUGUCUAAUAUUACUUUUCUCAACUUUGACCCUCCAAUUGAGGAAUUCCAUCAAUAUUAUCAACAUAUAGUGACAACUUUAGUUAAGGGGGAAUUGAAUACAUCUAUCUUUAGCUCUAGACCCAUAGAUAAAUUUGGCCUUAGUACAGUUUUAACCACUGAUAAUUCAGAUUUGUUCAUUAACAGUAUUGGGAUUGUGUCCUCUGUGAGAGAAAAGGAAGAUCCUGAGCCAUCAACAGAUGGAACAUAUGUUUGGAAGAUCUUUUCCCAAGAAACUCUAACUAAAGCACAAAUUUUAAAGCUCUUUCUGUCCUAUGAUUAUGCUGUGAAGAAGCCAUGGCUUGCAUAUCCUCACUAUAAGCCCCCAGAGAAAUGCCCCUCUAUCAUUCUCCAUGAUCGACUUUAUUACCUCAAUGGCAUAGAGUGUGCAGCAAGUGCCAUGGAGAUGAGUGCCAUUGCAGCUCACAAUGCUGCACUUCUUGCUUAUCACCGCUGGAAUGGGCACACAGACAUGAUUGACCAGGAUGGCUUAUAUGAGAAACUGAAAACUGAGCUAUGAAGUGACACACUCUUUUUUCCCCUCCUAGUUCCAAAUGACUAUCAGUGGCAAAAAAAGAACAAAAUCUGAGCAGAGAUGAUUUUGAACCAGAUAGUUUGCCAUUAUCAUUGUUUACUAAAAGUAAUCCCUGCUGGUCAUAGGAAAACACAUGGUUCUAAUUAAGUGUGAAGGUAUAGCUAUUGCACUUAUGCCAUCUCAAAGUAUUCUUUUACUAUCCAUUAGGAGUUUUUCUUAAACUUGUUUGAUAAUAAGAAUCACCUGGAGUUAGGAGGUGGCGGUUGCAGUGAGCUGAUCGCGCCACUGCACACCAGCAUGAGCAACAAGAGCAAAACUCCAUCUCAAAAAAAAAAGCAAAUAGAAAUAAUCACCUGAAGUUUGUUAAACCAUAUGGAUUCUCAAGCUCCUCUCUUGAAGAUUCUGAUUCAGUAGGUCUGGGGUGGGGCCCUGGAUUUUGAUUAAAAUUGUAGAACAUUUUAAGGUGAGUACCUGAGGGAGAACUUAAAGAUGUCUUAGUUGGGGAGUAGUCCUUUUGAACUUUACAGGUAGAUGUGAUCUUCAGUCAGAUAAAAUUUAUGGAAGCUGGUAUCUUAUGCCUGACUCUUAGUAAUUUCAUACCUGUUUGAAGUACAUGUGCCCAUGCCUAAAGCCUUGACUUUCAGAAUGUUGUCUUUUGAUUAUUCUGUCUUGAUUUGAUUAGGGGUGAAAUUUAGAAGUCUUAGUAAUGUAACUUGAAGAUGUUAAACAAAAAUCUCAAGUAAAAUGAAAAACAAAUAUGGGCUACUGAAUUAAGAAACUGGCAUUCUAUUAUUAAAUCCUCACUUCAGGAGCUUUUAAAAAUACGGAGAGACCCCCGUAACUAGAGAUUCAGAUUCAAAGAUUGAGGAUAGGACCUUAGCCUUGUAGCUUUUUAAAGUUUCUAAUGUGCACCCAGGGUUGAGAAUCAUCAAUGUAGGUGUGAAAAUGCCUACAAAGGGGUUUUAGUGCCUUAGAAGUCCUGAGAAACCCAAUCUGUAUCAAAGCAGAUCCAUUUUGCAAGGAUCUUUCUCUUAGUAAGAACUUUAGAAGUAAUCUUGAUAAGAAGCACAGACAGCCUAACAGUUGGCGCUAGAACAGAAUACUUGGAAUGACACCAGAGUUAACCAAGUCCAGCAUAUGUCCAAAGAGUUAAGUGUUUCAGUUACUGUAGCAUUAUGGGUGAGAAAUUGGUUGCUGAAAUCUUAAGACAGUGGCUCUCAACUUUGGCUGCACAUUGGAAUCACCUGUAGGGUUUUAAAGCCUCCAAAUGGUAACUAACAUGCAGCCAAACUUGAGAACUAGUUCUGCAUCUGCUGUACAAAGAUCAUGAUUAACUGUCAAGACACUGGUAGAACAGAACAAGCAAAAGAUUAAGAAUUCAAAAGUAAAUGCAACCAAUUUAACAUGUAAUGUUAUUAAAAAAAAAAAUAAAACGCUUAGAUCAGCCUGGGCAACAUGGUGAAACCCCAUCUCUACAAAAAAUUUUCAAAAAGUUAGCCAGGCAUGGUAAUGCACGCCUGUGGUCCCAGCUGCUCAGGAGGCUGAGGUGGGAGGAUCACUUGAGCCUUGGAGGUCGAGGCUGCAGUGAGUCAUGAUCAUGCCACUGUACUCCAGCCUGGGCAACAGAGACCAUCUUUAAAAAAAAAAAAAAAAAAAAAAAAAAAAAAAAAAAAAAAAAAAAAAAAAAAAAUUCGCUCCAUUGAAUAGAAACUUAAAAAAAAAAAAGUCCUUCAUAAGAUCAUGGCAUUAGCUACUUUAGCAAAAUAGUGUUAACUUUGGUUCUGAGUAAAAGUGACUUCUUCCCUACCACAGUUGUGAAUGUUAAUAUGCUGAUAAAACUGCCAAGAUAUAUUUGAUAGGUAGGGGAUUAAACUCAUGGUUUGUCAAAAGGGUGUUUUUUUCUAGUUUUAUUCUUAACAGAUAUGUUAAGAGGUAUUCAUAUUUGUUUCCUUUUGUGGUUUUAAUGAAGACAAUUUGUAAAGAAUGUAAUACUGUUAUGUAUAUGCUAAAUAUUGGUAAAUACUAAUUUCUAUCAUAUGUAGACUUGUUUUGCAAUGAGAUAUAUUUUUACUUAUAAUACCAAUUUAGGCUGGGUGCAGUGGCUCAUGCCUGUAUUCCCAGCACUUUGGGAGGCCAAGGCAAACGGAUCACGACGUCAGGAGAUCAAGACCAUCUGGCCAACAUGCUGAAACCCCAUCUCUACUAAAUAUACAAAAAUUAGCUGGGCGUGGAGGUGCACGCCUGUAAUCCCAGCUACUGUAAUCCCAGCUACUUGGGAGGCUGAGGCAGGAGAAUUGCCUCAAUCGCGAGGCGGAGGUUGCAGUGAGCCGAGGUUGCACCAUUGCAGUCCAGCCUGGCGACAGAGCAAGACUCCGUCUCAAAAAAAAAAAAAAAAGAAAAAAAAAACUUUAGGCUGGGUAUGGUGGCUCACGCCUGUAAUCCCAGCACUUUGGGAGGCCGAGGCGGGUGGCUCUCUUGAAGUCAGGAGUUUGAGACCAGCCUGGCCAACACGGUGAAACCGUCUUUACUAAAAAUACAAAAAUUAGUCAGGCAUGGUGGCGCACGUGUGCCAGUAAUCCCAGCUACUUGGGAGGCUGAGGCAUGAGAAUCGCUUGAACCCUGGAGAUGGAGGUUGCAGUGAGCAGAGAUCGCACCACUGCACUCCAGCCUGGGCAAGAGUGAGACUAUGUCUCAAAAAAAAAAAAAAAAAAAAAAAAAAAAAAAAAAUUAAAAUGUUGCUGGUAUUACAUCAAACCUACUCUGGAUAAAUUUUCCAGUAGGGCAUGUGAAAUUGCUUUGGCAAAACCAAAACAGGUUAUCAAUACACCAAGGACAUUAGUAGUUUUAAUGCAACUACAGUAUUGAGUACUUUUUUUAAUGGGAGAAAAAUUCUAGCAGAACCUGCUACUCCAGGCGCAUUAGGUAGUUUUAGGCAACUGUAGUAUUAAAGAAGAGUUUUAUUGGAAGAAAAACCACUGUCAGAGCUUGCUGCUCCAGACCACUCUUUUUUUUUUUUUUUUUUUUAAAUAGAAGAGACUGGUAAAAAGGAUGCAGGGGCUGAAUGAAAGCCAGCUCUGCUCCAGUGGUUUUCUGAGUUGAGCAUGCAUCAGUUACCUGAAAGGCUUGUUAAAACAUCGCUAGGCUCCACCCUGUCUAUUCAAUAAGUUUGUUGUGGGACAUAAGAAGUUGCAUUUUAUUAAGUUCCCCGGUGAUGCUGCUGUUCUACUAUAGGAACCACACUUGAAGAACUAGUUCUACAAUUCAGCUCUAUGUUGUUGCUAAAAUAAAAUAAAAUAAAAAGUCAACGAAGAUUUACAAAGAGCUGCUGAAAAAUGGAGUAACAGUGUAUGGGACUUCAUAUCAGUUCUCUUUAUUGUGAUUGUUAGUUUGAUCCCUCUUGUUCUUUUGUUGUAAACAUUUUCUAUAAUUAGGAAAUGCCAUUUAAGAGUGAGAGACGUAUAUAUCUGUGAGCCAUUGUGUUUGGUGUUUUACAAGAACUUUACCAUACUUGUGUGUAUUCCAUUCUGUACAGUUUAAAAAUGAUUCACGAUUUGCAGGCUUUUUAUCAGAUCACAAAAAAAAUCAGCCUUAAGCAUUUGCUUGGUAAGAUUUCUUAAGAUUAGGUUUAUAAUACAACCAUCUAUAAUGUAUCUCUUGUUUGAGCUUGUGGGCCAUACAGUUCAUUAACUAGAUGAAUACAUUGUGGACAGCAUCCUCGCUACCCUUCUCUAAUCACAAAGAACCACGAUGCACUGGAAUGUUUUUCUCUGGAAUCCUCUUUCUACUCUUGUAUUAAAAAUUUUCCCCACUUAAUGAUUAUGUUCAAAAUAAACUACAUCAUUACUUCCUGUC